GACGACCUUGUAAUGUCCACCCCAGGGAAGAAGCCGUCCGGUGGCAGACCUCUUCCUCGACGACUCUUCUCUCUCGACAAUCUCAAGAAGAAACGAACUAGCUCAGAGUCCGAUUCCGCGUCAGUAACAAGCGACGCUUCGCACUGGAGGAAGCAGUCCAAUGCGUCAUCCAACCUCCUCACUUUGGCGGAGAAGAUCGAAGAUGGGAUAGACCCGUUCGCCAACGCUGGGUCGGAGGCUUGGACAGAGAAAGGCGUGGUGCAGUCCCCGGAGGAAGAGGACCCGCCGAAUUCUUCGGAGAUCACCCCAAAGGCAAGUGUUCUCAAUGCACGAGCGAAAGUGCCCCCGCAGCUCGACCUGGGCACCAAUGGACUGUCUACACCAUCCACGGACUCCAGUGUCCCGCCCUCGCCAUCCCGCCGACGCUGGGACACUAUCCGGUCCGUUGUCGUUGCCUCGUCAAGCUCGGUCCGCUCGACCUCCCCACCUCCUCUGCCUACACCUCCACUUGAGGGCACACAAGUCCCUUCGGUUCCGUCGACACCGCGGCCCUCAACUCCUCGAGGGUAUCGUUUCGGACCGAAGAAGUCCAUGCGGCAAGUGGUCGAUCAAGUGCGCGACGUAACACACGACGAGACCCGCCGUCUGACAGAGGAGAUCCGCAAAGCUUGUCUUGCGGUGCGUUUCGGAGAGCUUCCUACGCGCACGAAGGCGGAGCCAGUCCCGCAGAACACCAUUGGGUCAACACUACACUUACCCUUCCUAGCCACCGCUGGGUCGUCGGUGAUGACCGCCGGCGGCGUAGUGAUGGGACAUGCGAGGCAGGCCACAGGUGGGGGCCUCAUGGGACACGCGAGACAAGCUACAGGCGGUAGCCUGAAGAGACCGCCUAGCGUCAUGUCUCUGGGUGCGGCAUCUCGUGCGGCGCCGACGGUUACGCAUAUAGCCAGGGCACUAACGUCCUCGACCUCGGAGAACCGGCCGCGGACACUCCCAUGCGAGACGCAAGUGCUCGCGGCAUUACUUGUACCCUUUCUUGGCCCGCAUGCGAACCCUCAGAUAGGCACUGAGCAGAACUUAGCGGCUGAGACGUACGAGUACGUGAUCAGGACAUGGAAACCCGCGUCGAACGAGGCCGAACUGGAUCGGUGUAUCUGGUGUUGCAAAGCCGCGUCGGUGCACUCUUCCUCGCGCGGCCGCAUCCUCGGGACGCUCUCAGCACUGCUCUUUUCGCGGGAGAAGACGUUCAGCGUAGAGACGCCGGCGAUCAUGCAGACGCUGCUCCAGACGCUCUUCUCCCUCCUUGCUGUACUGCGGUCCUCGUCUGACACAGUGUCGGAAGCGGAGACCGUUGCCGAAUACAUCGCCAAAGUCAAGGAUGGGCAAGCGGGUACGCCAUUACCCCCUGCGCUCGAGAAGGAGUUUGGCGUACGAUACAAGAGCGACAACGACAAGAUGAUCAGAGAGAUUCUCGUCGCCGACAGCGUCAUUGGCUGUUUGGAGGUUGGGUCGGUGGCUGCUAGAAGAUGGGCCCUGCACCGCUUGCUCGAGGCGUACUGGGUUUCCGUUGACUCGCCGACGGCGCUCACGCCCCUCACCACGACCAUGAACUGGCGGAAACUGACGUCCUUCAUCAACGCGUCCAUCUCCCUACUCUCGUCUUCGCUCCCCGACGCGCGCACGGCGGUUGAGGAUGCGAACACGAUUAUUUACCUGCUUCGCACACGCAUCCUGCCCGAGGUCGAGACAAUGCAGGACGACGCGUUCGCGGCGGUGGGCGACGUGCGCAACAACAUCGUUCGGCUCGUCCUGGAGCUAUUCUGUGUGCGCGGGAGCACCGAUCGAGAAUAUUUGGUGGUGUACAUUUGCCACUGGUUCCAGGGGGGCGGGCUGUGGAAGCAGAGCCUCGAGAAGUCCUUGCGAGACUUCGUUGCGAACACAGAGUGGUCUAUCAUUCUGCGUCUUUUACCUACGCUUCUCGAGGAGCUUCCGGGGGAAUUUCAAUUAUUGGUCAUUCCACAACUACUGCCUCCACUCACAGACCGGCUAACGGAAGACCCACCCGAGCUGCCCUGUGCUCCACUCUCCGACUUCCUCGAUAACGCCGCGCACCUCUGCCCCAAGGCAUUCUUCAAACCCGUUUUCACGUGCGCCGCGUCCAUGAAGGACCUUACGAUUGCGAACCAGCUCUGCGCACUAUACUCCGUCGCGCGAUUCUUUCCGGCGCUGUGGACGCACGACGCGGAAAUGGUGUCCGUGGCGCUCAUGUCAGAUCCAACGGCGCGCACUGCGUCGACUUCGUCGGACGAUGGGCCUAGGAAGGGGCAUGCACGAUACGGGCAGCUGGUGCUGACGGUCGAGCUGAUACAGCAUCUGAGGCGGGUCAGACAGACCAGGGACCCUGCGGUGCUCGCGACCUCUGCGAGAUUCGCCAUGUAUCUGGAGGGGAGGCUAGGCGUGCUGAUAGCAAACAAGGAACAACACACUCUCCUUCCUGCUUCUACACGACUAAUCCUCUGCGCUCUGUUCCGAGAGUGCAGGCUGCUUUCGCGAACGCUCAAACCGGCUUCGUGGCUACCUUCCGUGGUGAAUUGGACCUCGUCAUACUCCUUCCAUGGCAAAGACGAUCCAGAUGAGGAGAUGGACGACGAAGAAGUCUACGCUACUCUCAAGAAGAUCGAGGCGCUGUACGAGCAGGCCAAAUCUGGCAUCGGCGGCGGCGGCAAGCGGCGCACCACUGUUGUAGGUGCUACUCCUACAGAACGUCAAUCAUACAACAAGAGGUCAUCCAAAGCAGGCGUGGAGGACGCCUCGAAAGAGGUUUUCAGCGAUCAGCUCACCACGCUGCGCGGUCUCAUAGACAAACAGAAGAGCACAGGUCUUGAACUACUCGUCACGGUCUCUGGUUUGCUUACCCCGAAUGACUACAUGCGUAUCACGCCAAUUCUAUGGUAUAGGCAUUUAGAUGACCAUGCUACUCAUAUCGUGGCUCCGACGUGUUUCUUGAUCAUGCAAUGUGCUGAGAAGAUUCCCGAGGAGUUCACGGGACUCAUCGAUGGCGACCUGAAGAACGAGGAUGCGGCGAUACGACGGACGACUCUUGAGCGAAUCGCGACAAUCUCCAGCUGGCGUUUCCAGCUCCUGAGCCAAGAAGUCAUUCUGGACCGGACAUAUAGGCGUCCUUUCAAGCUUACUCGCCCUCCCAUUGUCUUUGUCCCCACGGAUAUCGGUACCAGCCUAUUCGAAAUGGAGGAGGACCCGAACGAUUUCAAGGACAGUAAGGGCCAUGUGCUCCCUCUCGAGCUUCGGCGGCGACUUUCAGAGGUCGGGUGGGCGGAGGAACGUGGAUUCGAUGGAGGACGAGUCGACUUCUUCGUGGGGAUGUAUGCACUCAAAGGGAUGGACUCUCCAUGGCUCGCAUCGUACAUCAGCGGAAGCACAAGGGCCGUGAGGUUCUUGCGGACGACCUUCACAUCCUGGGCGUUGCGGCGAAGCAUGUUCAACAUCAGCAUGUUCUGCGCAAUGCGGACCAUCGUCACCCAAACGACUGGAGGCGGAAGCGUUUCGAAUGGAUUGCGGGGACCUUCCAGCGCUCUUGGGAACAUGGGUCCCAUAGGAGCAGCAUCGUUCCACCAAAAGGUGCCGGAUGGUAUGAACAGCAUGUCGACCUUCGCUCGCCCGGUGUUCGCGACAAAGAAGUCGCUGUCCUUGGUCAACAGCGAAAGCCGCGGGAACAGUGCGACCAUAGUUGCAACGAAGACUGGCCGACGCUUUGCCUUCGUCUGGAUGCUAGAGCUGGAGUCUCUUGACCCGAGCGGGGUGUCUCUCGGGGAGGACCUCGUGGGCGACUGCGAUGCCGAGUCACAUCCCACAAUCCGCUCCAUCAUCGAGUUUGCUGUCAACCGGUUCUUCGCGUUGCACCAGGAAUCCUUCGUCUUCCAAACUUGCGAUAUUAUGUCCAACGUGAUUGCCCUCCCCGGAGCCGAUGGCCCCACCAUGUGCUUCAACAUCUUCACGCUGUUUGCCACGCUGAAGAGCAACCCUCCAUCGCAGAACGCCGAAGUCGCCGCGCUGAGUGCGCUCACAAAGGUUGAAGAACAGGAGGCUAUCAUGGUCACCAUCGCCGAACGUGUUCCGCAGGCCUUCCUUGCCUCGGUUCAUCGUAGUGCGCAGGGGAAGAAUCAGGUCACUGUCGAUGUUCCCGACGAGUUCGACACUAAGCGUUUAGGCCUCGACGACCUUGUGCGGCUUUUCCUCACUGUGAUCGCGCACAACCCCACGAUCCUCCGCGCUCAGCAAUUCCUUCGGUUCCUGUUGUUCCUGACGCCGCACUUAUACCAUGCAUCCGCAUCGACUCGCACUGUUCUUCGGGACGGUAUCACAGCCUUGGGCGGCAUCCUAUUGAACAAGGGUGUCACGAAGGCGAAAGAGGGCAACUCCCAUGUCGACGAACUCGAUCCCAAUACGGUUUCUCAAAGCGGUCUAACACAAGCGAGCAUGUCCCACUCCUCUCUACCUAGCGACCUGCUGGCUAUGCGGGUGGACUACCUUUCCGUCGUAGUCGGAUUCACUCGAGCUGGCGGACAUCUGUCCUCCUUGGCCUCGCAACGCGUACUUGAGAUCGUGAAAAUGAUCUUGAAGGACUCCCGCGCUAGCGUCCCCCGCGUGGCCACUUUCCUAGCAGACUACGUGCGAGCCGUGCUCAUUCGCCCGACGCACCCCCAGCUCAAGGAAACCGUCACCCUCCUAGCCGACCUCGCUCCCAUCGUCUCAUCAUACUCCUCUGAAGUCGACUUCUCUGGCGUUUUUGAUGUGGUCGCUACACUUGCCUCGGACACCGUUUUCGCUAACCAACCCGCCUUCGCCCGUGUCGUCGUCUCACAGUAUUGCGCCGCCGGUCUAGAAGCUUGUGAAGUCGCCGCCUCGGCAGGUCUUCUCUUCCACCUGGCCAUCCGAGGUAGCGUCCUUAACCUUCUGGACCGAGCGCUCCUAGUGGUCGGCGCGGAUGUCGUAGCCGAACUGGAGAAGCGAGAGCCAACAUACGAAUUCCUCUCCGGAGUCGUUCUCCCUCUCGUCCUGCGGAUGAAGACGGCUCUUGAGCUCGCGAGCGAUAGUCAAUGGGCAGAGAAAUGGCGCAGGGAUGUGUACUCUAAGGCUUGGAUGCGCCUACUGGUGUACGUCCUGUCUGUCGUGCAGCGUUCAGAGUUCGCUCGUAGCGAUACCUCGAAGACUUCCAUACCAGGCGUUGAACGACGGAAGUCAACUGACAGCCGGACGUCCUCAUCUACCCUCGACCCGAAACCUGCAUUGGGCCUCGUGAUCGCUCUGCAGAUCCUGAAGGUUAUCAUGACGCGGGCAGAACACGAUAUCUCAGUCGCUCUCCCCGGGAUAUGGGGACAAAUUGGCGCUAUUCUGCGAGAGGCCCUGGCAGACGGGGAUGCGUCCUUUGCGGUCCCCUCGCGAGGCGGUUAUUCCGAGCCCCCCUCUCCGACGCACUCCCCCAAAGCCACACAGUUCAACAUUCCGGACGAGAACCCAUUCCUCACGCCUUCCCUCACACCAUCCUUGGCUGCUCAGCGUACUCAGAAGCGGCCUCGUAUCCUCGAUUACAUGACAUGGUCUCUGAUCGAGUGGCUGUGUCUGCGUCGCAACCCGCUAGCCCUUCAGAUGCGCAUCUUCAUGCAGGAGAAGAUUGCUGCGCUUCACCAGGAGCUCUCGGCCACUGGGGGAGCUGCCAGCGGCUCUGUGAGCCCAGGUUACUUCGUCAGUUCUCGCCCCCGGAGUCGUCCCGUCUCCAAUAUCUUCUCGAAACCCCGGCGAAGCUUCCUGGGAGCAGCCGACUCCGCCGCAUCGACGCCGCGCAGCUCUACGCUGUUCACGAACUCCGUCUCGUUGCCCACUUUCGACGAUUUCGGCAUGCAGUCCUCGACUCCCAGGAAGACCCUCAUGGACGACGGUGGAAUGCGACAAGCGGGGUAUGCGCUCAUGCCAAGUCCGCUCACGCCCUCCCGUCGCGCAGCACGCGACUCCGGACCCAAGAUCGUGCAUCUAGGACCUGUUCGCCCGCUCUCCCCCGUCGGUGACUUCGGCGGGCGGCGCUCUACGUCCCCGAGCGGCAGGCGGAGUGCACUGGGGGCCUCGCGGAGUGCACUUGGGCUUGCGCGCGAGAUCAUCGUCGAAUCGCCGAUUCUUGUGCGAACGACAUACCGGCGGGUACGUGUCGCGCAGGCGAUGCUGGGUUAUCCGGCGCUGCCGCUGGCUACAGUGUCCUCCAUGGAUUCAUCCGUGGACGACGGGCCGGGGCCGGAAGGCUUGGUUCGAGCGUGGUCGAGGGCGGAGGCACUGGAGGCGCUGAUACAGGAGACGAAGGAUCUCAUUGAGGAGUGGCGGGAGGACGGGGAUCUGGACGGCGGGGAGGACAGCGGCAUCAUGGUGGAUAUGGAGGAGCCUUUCGGCGGACAAUCAUAGCGCAAGUAGUCGUGGUAUAGAGACCAGCUCAUGUUAGAUCAUCGCUAUUGCUAUCUUUGUUGUACAGUGCAUAUUGUAGAGCUUCUUCAUGGAUUAUAUUCU